AUGAAUUUGGCAUUUUUUGCUUUAACAGCCGCGCUUGUGGUCGCGAACAGCGGCUACUGUUCUUCCAGCAGCGUCCCCUUAUUCAUCCUGCCGUUCACUGACUGCGCGCAGAGCCGUGGGAGAGACGGCUUCUACCGGGGAGCUAUAGACGUCACUGAGUCCGGCGCCCGGUGCAUGAACUGGACCGAAGUGGCCGGCUUCAAGGAGCGUUACCCGGAUAAAGGAAUUGAAGAGCACAAUCAUUGUCGCAACCCGGACGGCAGGAUCCGACCCUGGUGCUUUUUCAAAAACCACAAAGGCAGAGUGGACUGGGGGUACUGCGACUGUAAACAAGGUUCAGUGCGUCUGCAAGGAGGCCGCUCCAAGCUAGAUGGCAGGGUGGAAGUCUACCUGGGAGGGGUGUGGGGUUCUGUGUGUAGUGAUGACUGGGGGGAUGAAGACGCUGCAGUGGUUUGCAGACAGCUGGGAAAGGGGGUCUCAGGUCGUGCACGUGCAGUUCCUCUGAUUCGUCCAGGCAUAGUCAAACUCCACUGGAGGUCAGUCCACUGCCAGGGAGAUGAGCCAGACCUGCUUCAGUGUCCCAAGACUCAGUGGAAUGGAAAUGAGUGCUCUCUGGCUGCAGCUGUUACCUGCACCCAGCAGAAAGCAGCAGCGAUGCUCCCUAUACGGCUGGUGGGAGGUCAAAUGAGGUCGGAGGGCACAGUUGAGGUCUUCCAUGCAGGGCAGUGGGGUUCUGUAUGUGACGACCAAUGGGACAACAGUGAUGCAGAGGUGGUGUGUCGACAGCUGGGGUUGAGUGGUGUGGCAAGGGCAUGGGGCCAGGCGCAUUUUGGCAAGGGUUCAGGCCGUGUGUGGCUGGAUGAGGUGCGGUGCACAGGCAAUGAGCUCACUCUGGAGCAGUGUCCAAAAAGCGCCUGGGGGGAACACAAUUGUCUGCACUCUGAGGAUGCAGGAGUGUCCUGCAAUUCUUUGACAGAUGGUACUGUCAGGUUGGUAGGGGGUGCAGGCAGUUAUGAGGGACGUGUAGAAGUCUUCUACCAUGGUCAGUGGGGGACAGUGUGUGAUGACGGCUGGACAGACUCUAACACACAAGUUGUGUGCCGCCAACUUGGUUACAGAUUCGGUGAGACUCUUGUUUCUGAGGGCUUAGACAUCACCCCAGUCCCACGCUUCGGAGUGGGGUCAGGUCCCAUUCUUUUGGAUGAUGUGAGCUGCACAGGGAAAGAGCCUAGCCUAUUGCUGUGCAACAAGAGGGAGUGGUUCCUUCAUGACUGCACCCACAAUGAAGACGUUAUCAUCACAUGCAGCCCAGAGCACAGUGGAGACAGUCUUCCAAGUAGUGUGCCAGUGAGGCUUGUGGGAGGAGAGAGCCCCAGGGAAGGCAGGGUGGAGCUCUAUCUGUCUGGUCAAUGGGGGACAGUGUGUGAUGAUGGAUGGAAUGAUCGUGAUGCUGAGGUCGUGUGUCGACAGUUGGGAUACAGUGGGAUGGCAAAAGCCCGUGUGAUGGCAUACUUUGGAGAAGGGACAGGACCCAUCCAUGUGGACAACGUGAAGUGCAGUGGCGAGGAGCGCUCAUUAGCUGACUGCAUUAAGCAAGCACCCGGCACACACAACUGCCGCCACAGUGAGGAUGCUGGGGUCAUCUGUGACUAUGGUGAAUGGCAGCCUAGCUACAAAGAAGUCAAAGAUCCUGUCAACUCAAUUUGUGGUCUGCGGCUCAUACACACUCGCCAGCGCCGAAUCAUAGGAGGAGAAAACUCUCUGAGGGGUGGAUGGCCAUGGCAGGCUGCGAUUCGUUUACGAGGAUCUCGAGGAGAUGGGAGGUUGGUGUGCGGAGCGACUCUAAUUGACACCUGCUGGGUUCUCACCUCGGCACACUGCUUCAAGAGGUAUGGAAACAGCACAAAGCAGUAUAAAGUUAGAGUGGGCGACUACCACUCCCUUGUCCCAGAGGAAUAUGAAGAGGAGUAUGGUGUCGAUCAGAUUGUCCUCCAUCCAAGUUACCACUCCCAUAGCAACGAUUACGACCUGGCCUUGGUUCAACUGUCACCGGGGGCAGUGAACCAGAUGCCAGGAGAGUGCGUGUCAUUCAGCCGUCAUGUCCUUCCCGCCUGUCUGCCCAUGAGGAAAGAGCGAGUGGUCAAACAAGCCAGUAACUGUCACAUUACUGGCUGGGGUGACACAGGCCGUUCGUACUCUAAGACCCUACAGCAGGCCCCCCUCUCCCUUCUUCCUCGUCGUCACUGCCAGCAGCAUUUCCAUGGAGCUUUCACAAGCCGUAUGCUCUGUGCCGGCAGCAUUCAGCCCGAGAGGCGUGUGGACAGUUGCCGUGGUGACAGUGGAGGUCCGUUGGUGUGUGAGCGUCCAGGAGGGGGUUGGGUGGUUUACGGUGUCACAUCCUGGGGUCAUGCCUGUCGGACACAACAGUCCCCUGGUGUGUACACCAAAGUCUCUGCUUUCAGCUCCUGGAUACAAAAGGUGAUCGGACGUGAUGACAUAAAAGAGAAAAGGCGUUAA